UUCCAUCUAUUCAUAAGCAGAGUUUUGUAUCUAACCUGCCCGUGCGCGACUGAAUACGCUUUUAUAUAUUUGCAUGCCUUCUACAGAUUAAGAUUAUGGAAAUUACAGCCAGCCUGGAGCUCAAGCACAAAGCUAUGGAGCCUAUGGUGCACAGUCAGGCCAAAGUUAUGGGCAUGCUGCACAGGGUUAUGGUGGAUAUGAGCAGUCUGGUGAUGCUUCUGGAUAUGGACAAGGCCAAAGUGGGUAUGGUUCAAGUUAUGGACAAGCACAGUCAGGGUUGAACUCUCAAUCCUCCACACCAGGCUACCGGCAGAGUGGACAUAGCUAUGGAAGUGAGAGUUCCCAUAAUACUUAUGGACAGCAACAAUUGUAUGGAAGUUAUGGGCAGCAUUCAGAUUCCCCUAGCAGCCUAGGCAAAUUUAUUCUACUUACCCCUGAUUGACUUAUUGUAACAUGGGAUUGACUCCGAGCCCUGGUCCUCCCAAUCCCGACUUCCACUUUGUGAACAGCUGCAGCACAAGAACUCAAAAACGCUAUGGCUCAAAGUCUGAGACACAAUAUAGUACCCAGCCAAGCCAACCAAGUUACAGCCACCCAACUUCGUAUCAUCCACCUCAUGACAACUAUGGCCAACAGAGCUCAGGAGAUGACUAUGAACAGGAUAGAGCUGGCAGGAGUAAAUUUGGAGAUGACAGUCGGAAUUUUGGCAGAUCGCAGGGUAAUGGGGGUAGAGGCCGUGGAGGAUAUGGUCAUAGUGGCUUUGACGGUGAUAGUAGAGGUGGACGUGGUAGAAUGGGUGGUGGUGACCGUGGUGGCUUCAAUAAUUUUGGUGGUUCGAGAGAUCGUGGACAAGGACCUAAUCCUGCUUCUGACGACAACUCUGAUAACAACACCAUUUUUGUUCAGGGUCUUGGAGAUGAUGUGACAACUGAGCAAGUUGCUGAUUUCUUUAAACAGAUUGGUGUGAUUAAGACUAAUAAGAAAACUGGAAAUGCCAUGAUCAACCUCUAUACUGACAAAGUUACAGGCAAACUUAAGGGUGAAGCAACAGUGUCUUUUGAUGACCCACCAUCAGCAAAAGCAGCAAUUGAUUGGUUUGAUGGAAAGGAUUUCCAUGGAAACAUAAUAAAAGUUUCCUUUGCAACAAGGCGAUCAGAGUUCGUACGAGGUGGUAGAGGUGGUCGUGGAGGUCAGAUGGGCAGAGGACAUGGUGGCCGUGGUUUUCAAGGUGGAGGUGGUUCAAGAGGUGACGAUUGGACUUGCCCAAAUCUGACAUGUGGUAAUGUCAACUUUGCUUGGAGAAAUGAAUGCAACCAGUGCAAAACUCCCAGAGCUGACGGUGAACAUCAUGGAAGAGGUGGUUUCAGAGGCCGUGGGGGAUACCGUGGAGGCAGAGGUGGAGAUCGUGGUUUUGGUGGCUCUGGAAAAAUGGGUGGAGGAAGAAGUGAUCACAGAUCAGAGCGACGGGACAGGCCUUACUGAAAGCAUGCUGGGAACAAGAUUUUUCUUUUUUUGCUUUAGUGGUGCUUUAACAUUGAUGCAAUGUAAUGUACUUUUUUCACAGUGUAUUUGAAGACAAAGAUUAAAAUGAAUUUUUAAUAAAUUGCCUGUACAGUGACUUGUCUUUGACUACUCUAGUUGGGUCAGUAGCAUCGGCAUAGCUGGUUGUUUCAUGUGAACAGUACACUUGUAUGCAACUGUGUGGUUCAUUACCUUGUCAUUUUGGGUGGUAUAUUUCCCUUUUUCUGUAUUGAGGGAUUCAUAAACUGUAUAAAAAUGUGACUGCAAUACUUUCAGUUGAAGUUUAGUCUUGAGUUUUAAUAAUGGAUACUAAACAUGUUGCUUUUUUCUCUUAACCUGAAAUCUGCAAUAAAAAUGUGUGUAUCCAA